CGAAGCUGGUUGCUGUAACCUCGUAGGGUUUUGUGCAUUUUAUCCAAGGUCUGAACCACGGCUUUCUGAUGCGGGUCCUCUCGCAGCGCCCAGUCCAUGACCAGACUGGUGUAGUGCUCCAGCGGUCCGCUGUGGCGGCAUUGCUGUCUUCUGCAGCAGUCUGGAGAGCAUCUCCAUCUGUCGAGUAGCCUGACCAGUAGACAAGAUCACGGAAUUAACGUUAACAUCCUGAUGCUGUGGUAGUAAGAUAUAUAGCUAGACCCCUGUGGAGGUUUAACGUUACGUGUUCAGAGGAGCAAAAACUGUUAUCCAGUUAACGUUACGAAGUUAGAAAGAAAGCUGUCCAAAGAUUUGUCAGCGAUUCGUUAUUCCCUCGUCUCAAAAAGCUCCAAUGAGUGUACCUGCAGCAGCACAGAAAGCAGACAGCAACAGUGAAAUGCAGUCGCCUGCAGUGUCUCCCUCCUUCCUCCCCAGCCAGCCAGGAAAGAUUCCAGGCAGGAAGAGGGGGAGACCCCCACUACAUCGCAAGAUGGAUUUUCCAACCCGCUACCCUGAAUCCCUCCCUCCCCUCAAAGUGCCCAAGAAGAGGGGAAGAAAACCUGGCUUCAAGCUGAAGCCCAGGAUGGUGCUGAAUCCCCUGGCCAUCUCUCCUCCCAGCAGCACCCCAGAACCAGACAUGAGCUCCAUCCCCCAGGAUGCUGCUACCAUCCCCCACUCUGCCACGCCCCAGGUGCUCACAGUAUCUUUGUCUCCUCUGUCCCUCCUGCUGUCCCUCCUGCUGUCCCUCCUGCUGUCCCUCCUGCUGUCCCUCCUGCUGUGUGUCCUGCUGUCCCUCCUGCUGUCCCUCCUGCUGUCCCUCCUGCUGUCCCUCCUGCUGUCCCUCCUGCUGUGUCUCCUGCUGUCCCUCCUGCUGUCCCUCCUGCUGUCCCUCCUGCUGUCCCUCCUGCUGUCCCUCCUGCUGUGUGUAUCUACGUACAUCAAACAGGUUGACAUGGUUACUAACCCUCGCUCGUACAUCAUCAACCAGGUGGACAUGGUUACUAACCCUCGCUCCUACAUCAUCAAACAGGUGGACAUGGUUACUAACCCUCGCUCGUACAUCAUCAACCAGGUGGACAUGGUUACUAACCCUCGCUCGUACAUCAUCAACCAGGUGGACAUGGUUACUAACCCUCGCUCGUACAUCAUCAACCAGGUGGACAUGGUUACUAACCCUCGCUCGUACAUCAUCAACCAGGUGGACAUGGUUACUAACCCUCGCUCGUACAUCAUCAACCAGGUGGACAUGGUUACUAACCCUCGCUCGUACAUCAUCAACCAGGUGGACAUGGUUACUAACCCUCGCUCCUACAUCAUCAAGCAGGUGGACAUGGUUACUAACCCUCGCUCGUACAUCAUCAACCAGGUGGACAUGGUUACUAACCCUCGCUCCUACAUCAUCAAACAGGUGGACAUGGUUACUAACCCUCGCUCGUACAUCAUCAACCAGGUGGACAUGGUUACUAACCCUCGCUCCUACAUCAUCAAGCAGGUGGACAUGGUUACUAACCCUCGCUCCUACAUCAUCAAGCAGGUUGACAUGGUUACUAACCCUCGCUCCUACAUCAUCAAACAGGUUGACAUGGUUACUAACCCUCGCUCCUACAUCAUCAAACAGGUGGACAUGGUUACUAACCCUCGCUCCUACAUCAUCAAACAGGUUGACAUGGUUACUAACCCUCGCUCCUACAUCAUCAAACAGGUGGACAUGGUUACUAACCCUCGCUCCUACAUCAUCAAACAGGUUGACAUGGUUACUAACCCUCGCUCCUACAUCAUCAAACAGGUGGACAUGGUUACUAACCCUCGCUCCUACAUCAUCAAGCAGGUGGACAUGGUUACUAACCCUCGCUCCUACAUCAUCAAGCAGGUGGACAUGGUUACUAACCCUCGCUCCUACAUCAUCAAACAGGUUGACAUGGUUACUAACCCUCGCUCCUACAUCAUCAAACAGGUGGACAUGGUUACUAACCCUCGCUCCUACAUCAUCAAGCAGGUGGACAUGGUUACUAACCCUCGCUCCUACAUCAUCAAACAGGUGGACAUGGUUACUAACCCUCGCUCCUACAUCAUCAAACAGGUUGACAUGGUUACUAACCCUCGCUCCUACAUCAUCAAACAGGUUGACAUGGUUACUAACCCUCGCUCCUACAUCAUCAAACAGGUGGACAUGGUUACUAACCCUCGCUCCUACAUCAUCAAACAGGUGGACAUGGUUACUAACCCUCGCUCCUACAUCAUCAAGCAGGUGGACAUGGUUACUAACCCUCGCUCCUACAUCAUCAAGCAGGUGGACAUGGUUACUAACCCUCGCUCCUACAUCAUCAAACAGGUGGACAUGGUUACUAACCCUCGCUCCUACAUCAUCAAGCAGGUGGACAUGGUUACUAACCCUCGCUCCUACAUCAUCAAACAGGUGGACAUGGUUACUAACCCUCGCUCCUACAUCAUCAAACAGGUUGACAUGGUUACUAACCCUCGCUCCUACAUCAUCAAACAGGUGGACAUGGUUACUAACCCUCGCUCCUACAUCAUCAAACAGGUUGACAUGGUUACUAACCCUCGCUCCUACAUCAUCAAACAGGUGGACAUGGUUACUAACCCUCGCUCCUACAUCAUCAAACAGGUGGACAUGGUUACUAACCCUCGCUCCUACAUCAUCAAACAGGUGGACAUGGUUACUAACCCUCGCUCCUACAUCAUCAAACAGGUGGACAUGGUUACUAACCCUCGCUCCUACAUCAUCAAACAGGUUGACAUGGUUACUAACCCUCGCUCCUACAUCAUCAAACAGGUGGACAUGGUUACUAACCCUCGCUCCUACAUCAUCAAGCAGGUUGACAUGGUUACUAACCCUCGCUCCUACAUCAUCAAACAGGUGGACAUGGUUACUAACCCUCGCUCCUACAUCAUCAAACAGGUGGACAUGGUUACUAACCCUCGCUCCUACAUCAUCAAACAGGUGGACAUGGUUACUAACCCUCGCUCCUACAUCAUCAAACAGGUGGACAUGGUUACUAACCCUCGCUCCUACAUCAUCAAACAGGUUGACAUGGUUACUAACCCUCGCUCCUACAUCAUCAAACAGGUGGACAUGGUUACUAACCCUCGCUCCUACAUCAUCAAGCAGGUUGACAUGGUUACUAACCCUCGCUCCUACAUCAUCAAACAGGUGGACAUGGUUACUAACCCUCGCUCCUACAUCAUCAAACAGGUGGACAUGGUUACUAACCCUCGCUCCUACAUCAUCAAGCAGGUUGACAUGGUUACUAACCCUCGCUCCUACAUCAUCAAACAGGUGGACAUGGUUACUAACCCUCGCUCCUACAUCAUCAAACAGGUGGACAUGGUUACUAACCCUCGCUCCUACAUCAUCAAACAGGUGGACAUGGUUACUAACCCUCGCUCCUACAUCAUCAAACAGGUGGACAUGGUUACUAACCCUCGCUCCUACAUCAUCAAGCAGGUGGACAUGGUUACUAACCCUCGCUCCUACAUCAUCAAGCAGGUGGACAUGGUUACUAACCCUCGCUCCUACAUCAUCAAACAGGUGGACAUGGUUACUAACCUUCGCUCGUAAAUCAUCAAACAGGUGGACAUGGUUACUAACCCUCGCUCCUACAUCAUCAAACAGGUGGACAUGGUUACUAACCCUCGCUCCUACAUCAUCAAGCAG